GGUAAAUCGCAAACAGCACAUCAGCCAGCCAUUGUUCCUGAAAAACCAUCUGACACUGGGCAAUGGUCAGUUGCAGGGAAAGGGAAAGGGAAGAGAGGUGGUAGCGAUAAAAGGGGCGAGCCUUUUAGGGGGCCAGCUGAAAGGGACUUCAGCCAAAAACAUGAGGGAGCUUCACUCAAGGAUGGGCAGCAGAGCCAUAUGCAACAAGGUCAGGGUGGUGGUCAACCACAGCAAGCUCAACGUGGGACCCAGCCAGUCCCUGCUCGAUACUCCCUCACUCCAUAUGAAGGCCCAUCAGUUGGAGCUACAGCAGGUAGGACCCCAACAGUAGCAAUCAAGAAGCUGCCACCUCGCCCUGGUCUUGGUACGAGGGGUAGGCCAAUAAGGCUUCUGACUAACUUUUUCAAGGUGGAAAUUCCCCCUGACCUUACCUUGUACCACUACGAUGUGGUCAUUGAGCCAAAUGUUCCUCGAGCUAUUAAGAGGAAAGUGAUGCAAGGAGCCAAGCUACAACACGACUGGGUAUUCUCAGGGCAAUAUCCAGUGUUUGAUGGAGAAAAAAAUCUUUACUGUCACAAAAAGUUGGAACGCAGCCAGGUGGACGUGGAAGUUAGUAUGGAAGACAGAGGAAGAACAAGGCAGUUCAAGGUGGUGAUCAAGUAUACUGGUCACAUCGUUGAGUGUGGUACUAUUGAGAAGGUAAUUUGUGAUCCCGCUCAAAGAAUGGAUGCCCUGGCUGCCUUGGAUCUGGUGCUAAGACAAGGAACUGUUCUGAAACCUGAUGUUGUUAGUGUCGGACAGUCGUUCUUCACACCAUCCCGGAGCAACACUGUUACUCUUGGUGAUGGGAGAGAGGUGUGGUUUGGCUACCGCCAAACAGCCAGGCCUUCCAUGUGGAAGACUGUCCUACUCAAUAUUGACAUUGCAGCUACAGCAUUUUACAAGGAGCAGCCUGUAUUGGAAUUUUUGAAGGAUAUUCUGUCGGAUGACUUGCAGAGAGAUGGCAGAUAUGAUGGGGGAAGGAGGGGGGGUGGACGAGGUGGGAGGGGUGGUGGGAGGCAAGACAGAGGAAGUGGGGGACAUGUUGAAGUACCUCAGCAACUGAGUGAAUAUCAAAGAAAAAGGUUUUUGAAAGAAAUCAAAGGCCUGAAAAUCGUUGUGACCCACCUUUCUUAUCCACGGCAGUAUAAAGUGGAUAAUGUUCCUUCAAAGACAGCUUCUGAACAAACGUUUACUCUUACAUUGGACAAUGGUCAGGAAGUUGAACGUACUGUUGAGAGAUACUUUGCUGAUACCUACAAUAUCAAGUUGAGGUAUCCAAACCUCCCAUGCCUGCAUGUUGCAGCAAAGAACAAAAACGUGUACCUUCCUCUCGAGUGUUGUAAGAUUGCCAAAGGUCAGAGAUGUAGCAAGAAGCUGACAGAGAUGCAGCUAAGAAACAUGAUACGACAUACUGCCAAGCCUGCUGAAGAGAGGAGACAGGACAUCUUGCGUAAUGUCCGUGCUGCGGAUUUUGACAGUGAUCUUGUGUUGAAUCAGUAUGGUCUUAAGGUCCACAAAGAGAUGGAGAAAGUGAUGGGGAGAGUCCUAUUACCUCCAGCCAUUCAGUACAGGGAGAAAAAUGUUGUGCCAAGAAAUGGUGCAUGGAAUAUGGAGCACCGUCAGUUCUGUAAGGGCGUUGAUAUCGGAUAUUGGGCUGUAGCUGUUUGUGCUCCAAACAGACCACCACCUAAACACGAGAUCUUGGACUUCAUGGAAAAGCUUGCCAGGCACAGUCAGUCAUUAGGAAUGAAAAUCACUGAACCUUGUGAUGUGGUCUUUCAGCCGAGGGGUAAAGCAGUAGGGCGAUUUCUUGAAGAUCUCGUCUCAAAGUACAAAGGUCUACAACUUAUUGUGGUAAUUUUGCCGAAGAAGGGGGCAGACUCAGGAUAUGGUAUGUGACCUACAGCAGCACAUUACAUUCAUUGUGAUAUGUGAUAGGCUCUGAGAAAACAACCCUUAUCACGCACGUAGUAUUGUUGUAGUAGCGGUGAACUACAUAAUUCACCGAUUCCCGUUUUCCCUAUCUAUGAUCUAUAAUCUGCGCCAGUCUGACACACUAACUCCGUUCCGUUCAGUAGUUAUGGCCCUGGGUAUCGUAUAGAACGGCAUUGCGCGCGGUUUCCAUUCGGUUUUUGGCUGAAUAUGACGAAACCAAACGGUAUUGUAUUGAACGAUAACGAAACGUUUUUUUACGCAUACUGUAUCUUGACCAGUUUAUGCCCAUUUCGUGGACUGGUGAUGCAUCAUAAUAUGUUACACAAGUAGAUUUCUUCCAUGAAAAGUAUAUAUAUAGCAUACUAGCCACAGAGAAUAGAAAAAUGAAAACCAGAAGUCACCCUCCACCCCCCAUCCUCCACCCAUACACAGACACAAACAACACAGUUGCACACAACCAGUAGGACACCAGGUGCCCAGCCUUGAAAACUGGGGCGGUGGGUUAAAGAGCCUUUUAUGGCAUGCCAACUCUCCCCACACACCUAGUGUCCAAACCGAAUGACAAACAAUCACAAUGACAGUUACUAUACAUAGGCAGUAGAAAAAAUAUAAAUAUAUUUGUGUAUAAAAAUGUACGGGUCCUCCAUGUUUUGAUUUGGGUUUUGUAUAUACGCGCAAUUAUUUGCUGCCAUGCAGGCUUGAUAUGCUCCUUGUUGAGAUCACUAAGUACGGUAGUACUUAGUAUGGUAGUACUUAGUAUAGAAGUAAAUUAAAAAUCAUGCGAAUUUAAAAAAAAAUAGUGCAUAUAGGGAUCGUAUAAAAAGAAAGGGAGACAAGAUAGGGAUGGUGUUUGUGGAAGCACAGAGAUGCUAGCGAGGAGUUAGGACUCCCACAGGUCAUUACAACAGCCCUAUAUCGUCGUACGGUGGGAGUACCUAGCAUCAUAGAUGUAUGGGGCUAUGAUAGGGAAAGUUUUCAAUCUUCUUCGUAGGGUGGGAGUGGAAGUGAUGAGAGAGUAGAAUAUUGCUAUAGGUAAUGAAAUACUUACUAAUUACCUUUGAUAGAUUUGUCAUGCUACAUUUCCAUGGAGUGCCAUUUAGGUGGAAGUGUAAUCAGCUGACCAUAACAUUGGAUAUACAUGUAUUGUGUAAUGCAAGAAAACAAAAUUCAAGUAUGCAAGGUUGGCUGAUAUAUUCACGAGGAAGUAGUAAAGCACCGAUACAACGAUAUAGGACUGUUGUAAUGACCUGUGGGAGUCCUAACUCCUCGCUAGCAUCUCUGUGCUUCCACAAACACCAUCCCUAUCUUGUCUCCCUUUCUUUCCAGCUACGUAGAGUACGAUCGAAGGGCCAAGGAAAGCCCGAUGUCUCGAAUUGCAGCGGCGAUACGACAUCAACGAUACGAUUCAAUUUUGUCCGUGUAAACGGGGCUUAUGAUAGGGAGUUUUGUUCUUCUUCUUCUCCUUCUUCAGAUUCAACACCCAUAGCUAAAAAAUGAAACAACAUAUGUGACCCGCUCUGGGAAAAGGUACCACUUGGCGCAAUAAUUCAAAAUUGCGUUACGCAUACCGUUCGAAAGCGCAAUGCAAGCUGCUUACAACGAAGAAAACCGCACCUUCGUAGCUGCUUCCGUUCGAACGCUAUACGCAAUAACGCGCGCACCCUGCCGCGGGCGUUAUUUCAAAUAAUUGCGUGCGGAAAUUUUAUGACGCGGAGGCAACGCCCACAACUACGAGGAGACGCUGCUGGCGCUACGAGCGGUAGAUCGACUUCGUUCCAAUGCGAAAAGGUAGAUGCUAGGUUAUAGUUUUCAUCUGUGUCACAUAUAGUAAUGAAAUUUUGUAA